ACGCUCCUCAAAUGCCUUCUCAUCCCCACCUACCAUUCCACGGAUUUUGAAGUGCACCGAAACUGGCUUGCUAUCACUCACACUUUGCCAAUAUCUCAGUGGUAUUAUGAGAGAGAAAGAAAGAAUGGGCACGCCAGGGCCUUCAGCUGCUACAAACGAACUCCAGACACGUGUGCCCCCUUGUGCAUGUGCGACACUGCGUGCUUGCAUCACUGUGCAUGUGGCUCUGUGGGACCUGAGAUUAGAACACGACUUCUUAGGCUUUGCAGGCUACCUCAGAGUGGACCUUGGAUUAUCCCCCGUUUUUUGCAUGGUUUGAAUAUGUGUUAUCACAUGCUGCCAAAUAUUUUGAUCAAGAGAUGCUUAAUGUCCAUAAUCUGAACUACUCCAGCCCAAGGACCUUACUUUUCCAGCGGCUUUCCGUCAUCUUUACAGAUGCACUCUUCGUGUAUGCUGUUCAUGAGUGCUGCAAAUGCAUUGAUGGGAAAAAAACAAGUAAAGAACUUACAGAGAAGCCAAAGUUUAUUCUAUCAGUGUUACUGCUGUGGAACUUUGGGCUGUUAAUUGUGGACCAUAUUCAUUUCCAGUACAAUGGGUUUUUAUUUGGAAUAAUGCUACUCUCCAUUGCGCGGUUAUUUCAGAAAAGACAUAUGGAAGGAGCAUUUCUUUUUGCCGUCCUCCUACAUUUUAAACACAUCUACCUCUAUGUAGCACCAGCUUACGGUAUAUAUCUGCUGCGAUCUUACUGUUUUACUGCAAGCAAGCCAGAUGGCGCUGUCCGGUGGAGCAGUUUCAGCCUUGUCCGGGUUAUUUCCCUGGGACUGAUUGUUGUCCUGGUUUCCGCCCUUUCACUAGGUCCUUUCAUAGCCUUGAAUCAGCUGCCUCAAGUCUUGUCCCGACUCUUUCCUUUCAAGAGAGGCCUUUGCCAUGCAUACUGGGCUCCAAACUUCUGGGCUUUGUACAACGCUGUGGACAAAGUGCUGUCUGUCGUUGGUUUGGAAUUGAAACUUCUGGAUCCCAAUCAGCUCCCCAGGGCCUCAAUGACAAGUGGCUUGGUUCAGCAGUUCCAGCACGCAGUCCUUCCCUCAGUCACUCCCUUGGCAACUCUCUUCUGCACACUGGUGGCCAUAUUGCCUUCUGUUUUCUGUCUUUGGUUUAAACCCCAAGGGCCCAGAGGCUUUCUUCGCUGCCUGGUUCUUUGUGCUCUGAGCUCCUUCAUGUUUGGGUGGCAUGUCCACGAAAAAGCCAUACUGCUUGCAAUUCUCCCAAUGAGCCUUUUGUCAGUGGAAAAAGCAGGAGAUGCUUCGAUUUUUCUGAUUCUGACGACAACAGGACAUUAUUCCCUCUUCCCUCUGCUCUUCACUGCACCAGAACUUCCCAUUAAAAUCUUACUCAUGUUGCUAUUCACCAUUUAUAGUAUUUCCUCACUGAAGACCUUGUUCAGAAAAGAAAAACCUCUUUUUAAUUGGAUGGAAACUUUCUACCUCCUUGGCCUGGGGCCCCUGGAGGUCUGCUGUGAAUUCAUAUUCCCACUCACCUCCUGGAAGGUAAAGUUCCCCUUCCUCCCUCUGCUACUGACCUCAGUGUACUGUGCAUUGGGCAUCGCCUACGCCUGGCUCAGGCUCUAUGUCUCAGUGGUGACUGGCUGUCUUGUCAGCAAGACAAAGAAGCAAUGAAUAAAGGAACUACUUGGAAGGAGGCCAAGCAAUUAUUUCAUGGGAAAUUAAUCAGAACUCAAAGACAGUUGCUGGUGGCAUGAUCCAUUCAUUUCAGGGGAUCUGUUCAGAGGACUGUUCUUCCACAUUUGGCCUUGCCCUGCCUAGCAACCUGAUUGUUACCAUGGUGAGAAGCCACUUGCCCUCCAUAAGCAGUGAAAACACAUCUGAAAAAAAAAAGUCUCGCCUUCCUCGGACUGCUAUGCCUACUGAGGUAAUCAGGGAUGUGAUUAGCAGCAUAAUUGUUUAUAGCCUGUGCUGGCCAUCAGGAUUUGUAAAGCAUAAUCAGAUCCUAUACUGAGGGAAUAUAAAUAAAAUACCAUUUUGUAUUGAA